UUUUUGCACGGGUCAAGUUAGCAAGCUAGUGUGCCAAAGCACAUCUUUCUGGACACAAUCUGGCGUGAGUCCUGUGGGAUGUUAUUCUGCCCUUUAGUGAUCUGGAGGUUUGACCUGUACAUAUAUCUAAUUGCAGCAAUUACAAUUAAUGCAGUAGAGAGUAUUGGUUAAGCUAAGCAUCGGAACUAGGCAGCAGCGGUCUCUUGAUCAGUCGCCGUGCGCAGCGCGGAUUCGAAUCCCGCCCCAAGAGAAAUGUUUCCCUUGGAUAUGGAUGUUGUGAUUGUCUGUACCACCCGGCGGAUCUCGUAGGCGGGGCCAUAAUGUGUGCAUGUUGCAUGCACACGUGUUCACUGGCUAGAGUCCGUGUCUCGUCCUCUC